AUGGAGCCAUCCCCAUCUACUUUGGGCGAUUUUUCGCUGGAAUUUCAAUUCGAUCCCCGCUCCGACAUGAGUUCAUCGGCGAACGCUUUAUCGUUCAGCUCCGGCAUACUCCCCGCCGUGUACUAUCGAGCCGAUGUGGAAAUUGCCGAUCAGAUAGCGACGUUUGCUUUUAACCAUGUGAGUAGCAGAGGCUGGCGUUAUGGACUGUCCAUGUCGGUGACCAUGGAAACGAUUCAUCAUGUGAUUGAUGAACGGAGAGAUGAUGAUUUGUUAGAUAGUAGCGAGGAUUUGAGUGAUGAUUAUGAAGAGGUGGGUGAUCUUUUGUUGGAUGAGGAUGAGAUGAUGAUUGAAGAAGAAGGCUCUGAGGAAGUGAUGAAUGGGAAGAAUUACGGGGACACCGCCUUAGGUAGUACGUUGAGGAGUGAAGAAGUUGGUGGGCAUGAAGAGGAGGGCGAGUGUUGUUGCAUAUGCUUGGAAGGGUUUAGAAGAGGGAGAGGGGUGGUGAUCGCUUCAUUGUCUCCCUGUUCGCAUAGGUUUCACUAUACUUGCAUUGCUCGAUGGCUGGACAACAAACCAACAUGUCCUAUUUGCCGUAGAAGAUUUAUCGGCAUGUGUAUUUCAUAA